AUGUCAAAACCGGAGAUCAAAGAUUAUGGAUUCAAGGAGUUAUUCCCCGGAAAGGAGCCCGUCGUCGACGUUGUUGCUAUCCAUGGUUUAGACGGUCAUAGAGAGAACACCUGGACGGACGGUGGAAUCCUUUGGCUGCGCCAUUUCUUGCCCCUCUCGUUGCCCCGCGCUAGAGUUCUCACGUACGGGUAUGAUGCCGAUACUCAACACGAGACAUGCGUAUCGACACAGAAUAUACAUCGGCAUGCUCAGAAGCUAGCUCAGUCCCUUUCAAUGAACCGUAAAGACGACCCUCGUCGUCCCAUCAUCUUCAUCGCACACGAUCUUGGAGGUAUCAUUCUCAAAAAGGCACUUGUCAUCUGCCACAAUCAGACUCUAGAUUCGGAAGGAGUCCUCCGAGGUAUUCUGGUAUCCACACAUGGCAUCUUAUUCUUUGGAACACCACACUCUGGUCUGGACGGCAACUUUCUUGAAAGGCUCAAGCGCUCGGCACCCUGGCGCAUGAAAACGACCGAGGUGAUCACAAAAGAUCUCGAGGCACACUCGUCCGAACUCGAAAAUAUACAAAGUUUGUAUGUCGAAGCGAGUAAGAAGAUAACCAGCGUAUUCUUCUGUGCGGAUUACGCAAACGCCACGAAUGAAAAGCGACCACAAAUGAAUGUUCCAUACCACUCGGCGACCAUCCCGGGCGACCGUAAUGCCACAACGAUUGUCCUCUCGUGUGACCAUCAGAAUCUGGUCAGAUUUUCUGAUCCAACGAGCGAAAGCUACCAGACGGUUCUGUAUUAUCUCGACGCGUGGUGCAAGUCGGCCCCCGAUUCGGUGAAGGGCAACUGGAAUAUAGAGGACAACUUGCGCAGUUCUGCCAAAGGAAAUCAUCAUCCAUCGGUCGACGCAUCCUUUAUAUUCCAACUCCCGAUGGUGGCAUCCGCCCCAUCCUCGGUCCACAGAACCUGUCUACAAGGAACGCGUCAGGCCGUCCUUCAGACAAUCCAGAAUUGGGCUGAGGAUGAUACCUCAGACAAACCAAUAUUCUGGCUCUGCGACAUAGCCGGCUCUGGCAAGUCCACAGUUGCAAUGUCGGCAGCCGCGUCCUGGCAUGUCGAGGGAACACUAGGAGGCCAAUUCUUUUUCUCCAUAGCUAAUAGCGAUACAUCGACAAUAGAAAAGUUCUGCUCGACCAUGGCAAGAGACCUUGCCCAAUGCAUUCCCGAACUCGCACCCCACGUCGCAGAUGCCGUCAAACGGAACCCAUCCAUCAUGCGGAGUUCGUUGGAGGACCAAUUCCGCACACUCAUCAUCGAUCCACUCCGUCAUCGAGACGGACGCGUCGUUCUUAUCGUCGACGCCAUAGACGAAUGCAAAUCUGGACCUCAGCGAAAGGAACUUGUCGACACGCUUGCUAAAGCCGUCCAACAAAGCAAGGAACUCAAGAUAUUCAUCACGAGUCGGCCAGAUGCCGUCAUCGAAUCGGUUCUUCAACCACUCUCGAUCAAAUAUAAAUUGGAAGACCGGUUGCAUGAUGUCAAACAUCGUGACAACGUAGAUGACAUCGCGACGUAUGUCCAUCAAUCACUCUACACUGUUCUACCCGAGGACAAGAGACGGCGGCUGAUUGAGAAGGCGAGGGGAUUGUUCAUCUGGGCGAGCACCGCAUGUCGAAUGAUCAACAACGAAACAACAUGGGACACGCCUGAGAACAUAUACGACUCAUUGGUCUUAUUGGACCAGAGUGGAGACAUUGACGACGUAUACAAGCUCAUCUUCGAGCGGAUAGAUCCCAAAUUCCAUACCAUCAUGUGGAGCAUGCUUGCAUUACUGCUCGCUGCAUUCGAACCACUUACCUCUGAGGAUCUAGACAACAUUCUCAAGCAUAGUAGACUACGGGGACACUUCAGGGUGUUGAUUCGAGAACUUGGAAGUGUUCUUAUCGAAGAUGAAGCAACAAAAGUCAUUCAGUUUCGUCACCCUACUCUUGUGGAAUAUCUGCGACGGCGCUGUCUAGGCCCAGACCUCAAAGACUCGAGUGGAAUGUAUAUCGACAUCGCCAAUGCGCACGGUCAAAUUGCAUCGUGGGGUUUCAAUAAACUUCAAGCACCGAAGGAAGGCCUCAAGUUCAAUAUAUGUGAAAUCGAGUCGUCCUUCUAUCGAAACAGAGAGAUGCCGGAUCUAGAGGCAAGAAUAUCAAAGUUCAUCAAAAUGAACAUUCGAUAUGCGAGUUUACACUGGCCGUUUCAUAUGGAGAAAACGGAUAGCAAAUGGAGAAGCAAGCUCAAAAAUGAAGUUGAACAUAUGAUUCGAGUCCCAUAUGUACUACAUUGGAUGGAGGUUCUGAGCUUGGUCGGAGGAGUGCCUCAGGCUAUAGAUGGUCUCCGAGCUGUGAUGCGCAAAACUAUUGAAAAGGAGACUAAGAAUCGCAUGGAUGAAGUAAUGCGGUUUAUGAUGGCAUUUUCAGUACCUAUUCAAGAGAGUGCUCCACAUAUCUACAUCUCGGCGCUUCCCUUCACACCUACACAGUCACAGCUGCACAUCGAAGGGCUAUAUGUAUAUAAGAACACUCUCAAAGUGACUAAAGGGCUGGAAAAGGCGUACCGGGGACUUCCAGAAGCGCUUCGGGGACAUACAAAGGAAGUCAGGGCAAUCGCAUUUUCACCAGACGGCUCGCGAAUCGUCUCUGGCUCCGAUGAUCAUACCGUUCGCCUAUGGGAUGCGGAGACUGGCCAGUCUUUGGGAGAGCCUCUCCAAGGCCACAGCGGCCGGGUCAGGGCUGUCGCAUUCUCACCAGAUGGCUUGCGAAUCGUCUCUGGGUCGCAUGAUAGCACGAUUCGGCUCUGGAAUGCGAAGAAUGGCCAGUCAUUGGGAGACCCACUCCGAGGCCACAAAAAGUCCGUCAGCGCUGUUGCAUUCUCACCAGACAGCUUGCGAAUCGUCUCUGGGUCGCAUGAUAACACAAUUCGACUGUGGAAUGCGGAGAAUGGCCAGUCGUUGAGAGAACUACCCUGUGGCCACACAAACAGGGUCAUUGCCGUCGCAUUCUCCCCAGACGGCUCGCAAAUCGUCUCCGGGUCGGAUGAUAACAUGAUUCGACUAUGGGAUGUGGAGACUCUUCAGCCAUUAGGAGGCCCACUCCAAGGCCACAAAAAUAGGGUCAGUGCCGUCGCAUUCUCACCAGACGGCUCGCAAGUCGUCUCCGGGUCGGAUGAUAACAUGAUUCGACUAUGGGAUGUGGAGACUGGUCAGUCAUUGGGAGGCCCACUCCAAGGCCAUACAAAGUCCGUCAGUGCCAUCGCAUUCUCACCAGACGGCUUGCGAAUUGUCUCUGGGUCUUAUGAUUGGAAAAUUCGACUCUGGAAUGCGAAGAAUGGCCAGCCAUUGGGAGACCCACUCCGAGGCCACACAAAGUCCGUCAGCGCUGUUGCAUUCUCACCAGACGGCUUGCGAAUCGUCUCUGGGUCGCAUGAUACCACGAUUCGACUGUGGAAUGCGGAGAAUGGCCAUUCAUUGGGAGACCCACCCCGAGGCCACACAAAGUCCGUCGGCGCCAUUGCAUUCUCACCAGACGGCUCGCGGAUCGUCUCUGGUUCGGAUGACAACACGAUUCGACUAUGGAAUGGGGAAACUGGCCAGUCGUUGGGAGACCCACUCCAAGGCCACAGAGGCCGGGUCAGGGCCGUCGCAUUCUCACCAAAUGGCUCGCGAAUCGUCUCUGGCUCGGAUGACAACACGAUUCGACUAUGGAAUGGGGAAACUGGCCAGUCGUUGGAAGACCCACUCCAAGGCCACAGAGGCCGGGUCAGGGCCGUCGCAUUCUCACCAGAUGGCUCGCGAAUCGUCUCCGGGUCAUAUGAUAAAACGAUUAGACUAUGGAAUGGGGAGACUGGCGAGUCGUUGGGAGACCCACUCCGAGGCCACACAGACUCGGUCAGGGCCGUCGCAUUCUCACCAGAUGGCUCGCGGAUCGUCUCUGGGUCAUAUGAUAAAACGAUUCGACUAUGGAAUGGGGAGACUGGCCAGUCGUUGGGGGAACCACUCCAAGGGCACACAAACAGAGUCAGUUCCGUCGCAUUCUCACCAGACGGCUCGCGAAUCGUCUCUGGGUCGGAUGAUACUAUGAUUCGAUUAUGGGAUGUGAAGAGUCGGCAGUCAUUGCGAGGCCCACUCCGAGGCCACACUAGCUCGGUUAACGCCAUCGCAUUCUUACCAGAUGGCUUGCGAAUCGUCUCUGGGUCGCAUGAUAACACGAUUCGACUAUGGAACGUGGAGACUGGUCAGUCGUUGGGAGGCCCACUUCAAGUCCACAUAAACUCGGUCAAAGCUGUCGCAUUCUCGUCAGAUGGUCUGCGAAUUGCAUCAGGCUCAGUUGACUGCACACUUAGAGUGUGGGACACUGCAUUUGCCGAGCUAUCCAACCAGAAUGGUCAGCUGAGUGAGUCGAAUCAGGGUGGCCUUAUCUCGCAUCAAAAUAACAUGGCCUUACUGAGAGUUAUGCUCUCCCGGCUCCGAACAUUUACUCUCUCUGAUGACGGUUGGGUGCAUCUCUCAGGGAAACUUCUAUUUUGGGUUCCACCAGACAAUCGGCUCUCAUUGACGUCUCCACUCCUCCUCAACUUACCAACGUCCAGCCCUCCCUACCCGACCAAACUCGACUUCACUCAUUUCCACUGUGGUCCCUCUUGGACAAAAGUCCGAGGCAGCGCCAAUCGAUGA